AUCUGUAUGAUCGUCUAAUGGUAGGUUUAAAAUAAAACUAUAGAUAAUCUGAGAAAGACACAUAGAUUCAUGUCCAUAAAAAACUAAAUUCAUCAAGAUAUCCCUUGCUUGAAAACUUCAAGUUAUAUUGUAAUCGAUUAACAUCAACUUAGGACUUAGAGGAAUGAUAAAACAUUAACCUUCAAUUAUUACACAGACGAUCGAUGUAACCUUUUUCACCGAGAGGAAAUUUUUGUGCGAGGAUGGGGGAUCCAGUACAUGGGAAAGCUUUAUUUCUCAGAAUGUGUGGGAUGUGUCAUACGUGCAAUAAAAACGAGCGACAUAAAAUAGGUCCUAACCUUUUUGGAAUAUUUGGCAAAACAUGUGGCACUGUACCUGGAUUUAAAUCUACCGAAGCGAUGAGGCAAAAAGGUGUUGUAUGGGACGAGAACACUUUAAACGAAUAUUUACAAUUUCCGAAGCAAUUUAUCCCUGGCACGAAAAUGAUGUUCAAUGGUAUUAAAAAAGCGGAAGAUCGUAGAGAUAUAAUCGCUUUCUUAGCAACGUUGAAGUGAAAAUUCGAAAAAUUGCA